GCGGCCCGGCCGGUGCCCGAGGAGGAGCCGAAGAUGGCGGCGGCCGAGGCCGUGCACCACAUCCACCUGCAGAACUUCUCGCGCUCGCUGCUGGAGACGCUCAACGGGCAGCGGCUGGGCGGCCACUUCUGCGACGUGACCGUGCGCAUCCGCGAGGCCUCGCUGCGCGCGCACCGCUGCGUGCUGGCCGCGGGCUCGCCCUUCUUCCAGGACAAGCUGCUGCUCGGCCACUCGGAGAUCCGCGUGCCGCCCGUGGUGCCCGCGCAGACGGUGCGCCAGCUCGUGGAGUUCCUCUACAGCGGCUCGCUCGUCGUGGCGCAGGGCGAGGCGCUGCAGGUGCUCACGGCCGCGUCGGUGCUGCGCAUCCAGACGGUCAUCGACGAGUGCACCCAGAUCAUCGCGCGCGCGCGCGGCGCCCCCGCGCCCCUGCCCGCGCCCGCGCCCCCGCCGCUCGCGCCCGCGCAGCUGCGCCACCGCCUGCGCCACCUGCUGAGCGCGCGGCCGCCGGGCCCCCUCGCCGCCGCGCACAGCCGCAAGCAGCGCCAGCCCGCGCGCCUGCAGCUGCCCGCGCCCCCGCCGCCCGCCAAGGCCGAGGGCGCCGGCCCCGCGCCGCCCGCGGGCCCCGACGACGGCGGCGGCGACGACGACGAGUCCGGGGACGACACCGACGGCGAGGACGGCGACGGCGGCCCGGGCGAGGGCCCGGCGCCCGCCCCCUUCCCGGACUGCGCCGCCGGCUUCCUGGGCGCCGCGGACGGCGCGCGCGAGGAGCCGCCGGGGCCCGCGGGCCUGCCCGACUUCGGCGGGCCGGGCCGGGACUUCCUGCGCGCGGGCGCGGCGGCCGAGGACGCGUUCGCCGACGGCUACGUGCCCGCCUGGCACGACGAGGACGGCGCGGCCGCCGAGGCCGGCCCCGCCGAGGCCCCCGCGCCGGCCGACUGCGCCCUGGCCGGCCCGCGCCCGCCCGGCGCGAAGACCCCGGGGCCGCCCGGCGCGCUCUACCCCUUCCACCUGGGCGCGCCCGGGCCGCCCGCGCCCGCGCCCCCGCCCGCCUUCUACCCCGCGCUGCAGCCCGACGCGGCCCCCGGCGAGCCCCUGGCCGAGGCCCCCGCCGCGCCGGCCGCCGCCCCGGCCCCCGCGGCGCGCGCGCCCCCCGGGCCCGAGCCGCCCGCCUACGAGUGCAGCCACUGCCGCAAGACGUUCAGCUCGCGCAAGAACUACACCAAGCACAUGUUCAUCCACUCCGGGGAGAAGCCGCACCAGUGCGCGGUGUGCUGGCGCUCGUUCUCGCUGCGCGACUACCUGCUCAAGCACAUGGUCACGCACACGGGCGUGCGCGCCUUCCAGUGCGCCGUCUGCGCCAAGCGCUUCACGCAGAAGAGCUCGCUCAACGUGCACAUGCGCACGCACCGGCCCGAGCGCGCGCCCUGCCCCGCCUGCGGCAAGGUCUUCUCGCACCGCGCGCUGCUGGAGCGCCACCUGGCGGCGCACCCCGCGCCCUGA